AUGGCGAAUUCCAAUGUUCUCAGCUUUGACGCAGAGGGCCGCCCGAUCGAAUUUGAAACCUGGUUAGACGACCUUAGGCUCUACCUUCAGUGCGAGUCUAAGGAUCGUGUGUCCCUGUUCGCUCAUACGUCUGGUAGCGCUGCCGCCCCUGCAGACACUGCUGACGCUGACACUCGUGACCAGUGGCUUAUUCGCGACGCUGCUGCUCGCCUAGCUGUGCGAAACCACCUACCGCUAGCCGAGCGCGCGCACUUUAGCCAACAGAAAACCGCCAAGGACCUGUUCGACGCAGUCGUAGCUCGCUACAGCUCGCCUGCCACUGCUGCGCUAGGCCGUCUUAUCCUGCCCUACCUCUUUCCUGACCUGUCCGCCUUUCCUACAGUCGCUGAUCUCAUCACCCACCUCCGCACUAGCGACGCUCGGGUGCGUGCUGCGACCCCUGCCGACUUCCUCACCAAGAACCCUCCCCCUAUCCACUACACCCUCUAUCUCCUAGUCACUCGCCUCCUUGACUCUCUUCGCACUGUCAGGGACACCUUCCUCGCCAUGGACCCCACUGAGCUCACUAUAGACCUCCUCGAAAAGCACCUUACAGCGGCCGAGGUUAGCAUUAACGCUGUGGGCGCUUCUCGAGGCACUCCUCGCACCCCCUUCUUCGAGGGGUGUUCCCCCUCUCCCCUCCUCCCCUCUGUCGCCACUGCUGCUGCUGUCGACCUCCUUGGUGCUGAGGAGGUUGGGGUUGCGUCUGCUUCCAGUGGCAGGCGCCGCAGCGGCAAGGGGAAGGGCGGCAAGGGUGGUGGGGGUGGUGGGGGUGGAGGCGGUGGUGGAGGCUCGGGUGGUGGCGGUGGGGGUGGUGGGAGCGGCGGGGGUGGGGGUGGGGGUGUUGGGGUCGGUGAUGGCGGCGGCAGUGGGGGUGGCAGCGGCGGAGGUGGCGGCGGUGGGAGUGGCAGCGGAGUCGGUGGCGGUGGUCGCAGUGGUGCGGCCCAGCGCGGCGGUUCUGGAGGCAGCCAGGCACAGCAACAGCAGCGCCAGUGCCUGCCCCGUACGCCGCAGGACCUUCGUGAGUGGUACGCGCAGCGUCAGUCGCCUGGGGGUGGUGGUACCUGCCCGUAUGUCAUUCGUACGGGUGAGCGUGCUGGUCAGACCUGCGGGAGGUUGCACACCCAGCACCGCUGCUUUUCCCGCCUUAGUGACGCCUGGGCUGAGCUGCUUAGGAGGGGAGUAGAGAUCUUUGAUCUUGACUAUGAUGCUAUCCUUGCUGCCAUGUAUGCAUUGACUGUUAGUGCUGAGGGUGACUGUUACCUGUGUGUUCCGCCAGACCCUGAUAUAUGUCUGAAGUCUAGGCCGGAAUGA